AUGGCCAGCCAGUCUCCCUUCCCCAUGCCCACCCAGAACGUGGUACUGGACACAUCGAAGCUUCCCGAGUCCACUACAACGUCGGUCUGGGAUCGCAUCUCCAACUGGGUCUCCGAGCACAAAGCAGUUGUCUACACCAUUGCCGGCGUUGCAGUCGUUGUGACCGGCGCUGGUGUCGUCUACUACCUCUCCGACUCCAACAAGUCCAGCGCAUCAUCAACACCUGCGGUGCCCAAGAAGAGCAAGAAUCAGCGACGAAAGGAAAAGAAGAAGGCGGAGGAGGAGAAGAAAACCAAGACUGUUUCCGUCGAAGAAGAGCCCACGGCAAAGAAGGCUGAAGAGCCAUCCGAGGAGAUUCCCGACGUCGAUGAGGCGACUGUCGGUCAGCUUUCCGAGGAGACUCGGAAGGAGUACGCCGCUAAGCUGAAGGCAGCCGGUAACAAGGCUUAUGGCUCCAAGGACUACAAUAGCGCCAUUGAGCUGUACGGCAAGGCCAUUAUUUGCAAGCCUGACCCUGUCUUCUAUUCCAACCGCGCUGCCUGCUACAAUGUCCUAUCCGAGUGGGAGAAAGUCGUCGAGGACACCAGCGCCGCCCUUGCCAUGGACAGCGAGUACGUGAAGGCUCUUAACCGUCGAGCCAUCGCCUACGAGCAUCUCGGCAAGUUCAGUGAAGCCCUUCUCGAUUUCACCGCUAGCUGCAUCAUUGAUGGGUUCUCCAACGACGUCAGCCGUAACGCUCUUGAGCGCCUUCUGAAGAAGGUUGCUGAGCAGAAGAGCAAGACCAUUCUCGAGGCCCGUACCAAGAAGCUGCCUAGUGCCACCUUCGUCUCGAACUACUUGCAGAGCUUCCGUCCUCAGGAGCUCCCCGAGGGUCUCCAGGAAUCCGUUGAGCUGAGCGAGGACUCUGGCAAGGGUCUCCUGCGCAAGGGUCUGAUUGCUAUGAGCAAGAAGACCGGCGAUGGGUAUGAAGAGGCCGCCGCGGCGUUCGAUCAGGCUUUGGAGGCCGGUGACCUCGGCGAGUUCGAGGCUUUGGCUCUCAACAUGAAGGCCACCUUCACAUAUCUCGGCGGUAACGCCCCGGGUGCAUUGGAAGGCUUGCACAAGAGCAUUGAGCUCGAUCCAUCCCUGGUGCAAAGUUACAUCAAGCGUGCUAGUCUGCACCUUGAACUUGGUAACAAGGAUGCUGCCGCGGAUGAUUUUGAAACGGCUAUUUCCCACAACAAGGACGACCCCGACAUCUACUAUCAUCGUGCGCAGUUGCACUUCAUUCUUGGCGAAUUCUCUGAGGCCGCCAAGGACUACCAAAAGUCCAUCGACCUCGACCGAUCUUUCAUCUACUCCCAUAUUCAGCUUGGCGUGACUCAGUAUAAGAUGGGCUCCGUUGCUUCAGCCAUGGCCACUUUCCGUCGUACGGUGAAGAACUUUGAAGAGGUCCCCGACGUUUACAACUACUACGGCGAGCUGCUGCUCGAUCAACAAAACUAUUCCGAGGCCAUCGAAAAGUUCGACAAGGCGGUCGAAAUGGAGAAGCUGAGCAAGCCCAUGGGCAUCAAUGUCCUGCCCCUCAUCAACAAGGCCCUGGCUCUCUUCCAAUGGAAGCAAGAUUUCCAGGAGGCCGAGAACCUCUGCCAAAAGGCUCUCAUCAUCGAUCCCGAGUGUGAUAUCGCCGUCGGCACAAUGGCCCAGCUGCUCUUGCAGCAGGGCAAGGUUUCGCAGGCGCUCAAGUACUUUGAGCGUGCUGCCGAGCUUGCUCGUACCGAGGCUGAGAUUGUCAAUGCUAUCUCAUACGCCGAGGCCACCCGUACCCAACUGGAGGUUCAAGAGAAGUAUCCUCAAUUGGCCGCUCGUCUCACCGCCAUGGGUGCCAUGGGUGGUCCCCCCGGCAUGUAA